AUGGCAGGACUGUUGAGGAACGAUCAGAUUAUGAAGGAAAUCCAGACCAUACUCCGCUAUGAUGGCAGUGAGAAAGGAUGGAUUAUACUCUGCAGAGGAGCAACUGAGAUGGCCAGAGCCAAUGGAAAGUUGGCUGUUUCGACUCUCAACGAAUUUAAUGCUUGGCAAAGUAAAGCUUUGGAAUUGGGUUUGGUGCCCGCAAUUGAUGAUGAACUGAAAAGACGUCGCACCCCAGAACACUGCAAUCACCUGAUCCUUCCAGGGAAUGCGCACGUCCCCGAUAGGGACUUUGAACACCGUUGUGGGAUUACUGCUGAUUCCUGGACCAGUAUAUGUUUUCUGGAAAAGGAUAACAAGAAGAAGCUAAUUUGGUGGUUACUAGGAUCUAUGGCUGGAACUAUAUCCGGUUUCACCUUUUCUCGGCUAUUCAAGCCGAUCUUGGCUGCAGUUAUGUGCGGAGGCAAGGACAAAGGCCCUGCAAUCUUUAGUCCUUUAAUCAAAAAGAAAGAGGAUUUGGCUUUCUUGAAGAACAAAGAAAGAAUUACUUCGUUGGAGAAGAUACGGGAAGGCAGUCUUGGAGAGGUUUAUAAGGCUGAAUUACCAGGAAGUAACGGCAAAAUGAUUUCUAUAAAGAAAAUUAUUCAACCACAUAUGUCCGCAGCAGAAUUGACGCGGCAAGAUAGCAAGACUCUGAACAAGAAAAUGCGUCAAAUCCGGUCUGAGAUUAAUAUUGUUGGUCAUAUCCGACACCCUAAUCUUCUUCCUCUGUUGGCUCAUGUUCCUAGACCUGACUGCCAUUACUUGGUGUAUGAAUUCAUGAAAAAUGGUAGCUUACAGGAUAGGUUUGGUAAUGUUAAACAGGGAACUCAAGAGUUGGAUUGGUUAGCAAGGGUUAAAAUUGCUCAAGGAGUGGCUUCUGGGCUCGAAUACCUUCACAUGAAUCAAAACCCACGUAUAAUUCAUAGAAACCUUACGCCAGCAAAUAUACUUCUUGAUGAUGAUAUGGAAGCUCGGAUUGCAGAUUUUGGGCUUGCAAAGGCAAUGCCAGAUGCUCAUACACAUAUGACAUCUUCAAAUAUUGUAGGAACUGUGGGAUACAUAGCACCGGAAUUCCAUCAAACACUCAAGUUCACAGACAAGUGUGAUAUUUACAGUUUCGGAGUGGUCCUUGCUGUUCUGGUCACAGGAAAGCUUCCAUCUGAUGAAUUUUUCCAGAACGGCAAUGAGAUAGGUUUGGUUAAGUGGUUAAGAAGUGUGACUAAUUCAGAGAAUCCUCGACAAGCAAUCGAUUCGAAGCUAAUAGGCAAUGGUUUUGAGGAGCAAAUGCUUUUGGUUCUAAAGGUUGCUUACUUUUGCACUUUGGAUAAUCCAAAAGAGCGACCCAACAGUAAGGAUGUAAGAUGCAUGUUGUCUCAGAUCAAGCACUAGGUCUGUAUGGAAAUGUUUUUAAGGUUGCAGGAUUUGUAACGCAUGUAAUAGAAGGUGUAAGUUCAUGCGUUUAGAUGGUCUGUCUUUCACUAGGUUGAUUGAUCUGGAUACUUUAAAGUUUAUAUGUCUCCUAAGUUCAUGUUUAAUAUAUCAAUCUCUUGUUCCAA